AUGGUCAACUCCUGCUGUGGAUCCGUCUGCUCUGACCUGAGCUGCGGAAGAGGCUGCUGCCAAGAGACCUGUUGUCAGCCUAGUUGCUGCUGCAGCCCUUGCUGCCCACCGACCUGUUGCCAGACCACUUGCUGCAGAACCACCUGCUGCCGCCCAACAUGCUGUGUGACCAGCUGCUGCCGCCCGACCUGCUGCAGGCCCACUUGCUGUCAGUCGGUCUGCUGCCAACCCACUUGCUGCCGCCCAACAUGCUGCGUGUCUACCUGCUGCAGGCCCUGCUGCCCCCGACCUUGCUGCGUGUCCACCUGCUGCAGGCCCUGCUGUCCCAGGCCCUGCUGCCCCCGACCUUGCUGUGUGACUAGCUGCUGCCAACCCUGCUGUCGCCCAGCCUGCUGUGUGCCUAGCUGCUGCCAGCCUUGCUGCCGCCCAACAUGCUGCCAAACCACUUGCUGCCGAACAACUUGCUGCCGUCCGACCUGCUGUGUGCCCAGCUGCUGCCAGCCUUGCUGCCGCCCGGCUUGCUGCCAAACCACUUGCUGCAGAACCACCUGCUGCCGCCCUACUUGCUGUACAUCAUCUUGCUGCUGA